GCGCGAGCGUCCGCGACGAGGUCGAGUGAAGUCGGACAUGCGGGACACUUGCGCCCUUGAGCACAGGGGUUAGCGAGAUCAAGGCAAACGAAAAAGGUGCAAAGUCUGCGCUUUGCGCGGAAAGAGGUGCGCCCGUGCACGCGGCCAAUUCAAGGGUUCUGGUCACUUUAGAAACGACGCACCAGCGCUGGCGGUCGCUCAUGCAUAUAUCCUUCUCUUGUCUGUACAUUCGAUCGGGUUCACAUGCCAGAUGCACACGCCUGCCUUGCUCCCCAGCAGCAGCAGCAAAUGCACCAGUGACGGCCCAUGUUGCUCAUCCCAGAGGACGCAAUCCUGCGCUUCCGGCACUCGCUGCUGCAUGACGCGGCACAGCGUGCCGCCGCCGCGCAUCAACUCGUCAUCCUGCUCGCGCAGGUCGCGCUGGCGCUGGCCCUCUGUGUCGCUGCGCGCAUAUGGUUCAUCCUGCCAAGGAGAGCGGGCCGCACCAGCAGCAGCAGCGCUGGUGCAGGUGGGAUACACAGGCCGCGCGGACGCGCUGCUCACGCCAGUGCGCAGGCGGAUGAGACGUGCAGCUUAGCCCUUCUCCUCGGGUCCGGAGGCCACACGACCGAGAUGCUGCAGCUCCUCUCUGCUCUGCCUCCGCAGCGCUACGCGUCGCGGACGUACCUCGUCUCCUCAGGGGACCGCUUCAGCGCACACAAAGCCCGCGAACACGAACGCGGCAUGCGCGCAGCUGUGCAGACUCAAUCGCAACCGGACUCUGAUUCCGCCGCCGCCCCAGCAGCAGAAGAUGUAGUAAAGGAAGAGGAGAACGCUCGCAUCAUUGUGCUCCCGCGCGCUCGCGAUGUGCACCAAUCCGUGCUCACGACGCCGCUCACGCUGCUGCGCUCGCUGCUCGUCUGCCUCUGGGUCGUCGCGCUGCAACCGCUGCUGUUUGGCCCGUCGCCACCGCUACCAGGGGCAGGAGCAAAGACAGGACAAAGUGGACGCGGGCGGAGGGGAAGAAUGCUGGCGGACGUGAUAUUGCUCAACGGGCCUGGGACGUGCGUGCCUGUGGUGCUUGCCGUCUACGUCUUGCGAAUUUUCGCACUCCCAUCUCCACGGCUGAUCUACGUCGAGUCGUUCGCGCGCGUCCGCCACCUCUCACUGACCGGCAAGCUCCUGCGCCCGCUCGUCGACCGCUUCGUCGUGCAGUGGCCCCAGCUCGCCGCGCCCGCAACCGCCGCUGCCGGUAGCGACGCCAAGGAGGAGAGCAAGGUGACGCUUCAAGUUCCUCCGUGUGCGGACGUCGAGUGCAUCGGCUGGCUCGUGUGAGCUGCACCGUACCCUAUCGCACGGGCAAGCGCCGCGAUGACUGCUCUCUGAAUGAGGCCAAAGUGGCAAAGGAUGGAGAAGAUGUAUUUCGCAUGCACAAAAGAUUCAGAGA